GAUGGCGUCAACAAUCAGGCGAUGGCGUUCUUACCGUGUAUGAACACAAUUUGUUGAAUACAUUAUUAAUCAUCAACCUAAAAGAGUUAUAUCAACCGAGGACGAAGCUUCUGGUAGGUAUUUCUCUAUUAGAAACAUAUUCAUUGGAGUGUUUGGAGUAAGCGGCGCACUAGCAAACCAUAGCCGGCUGAGGACCUACAGGACGCCGUGAUAGAUAGAUAUACCGUUGACAGAGACCAAGUGUAUCCAGACUACAUAACACCACGUUAAUUACAGAAUGAAUACCGAAGCGAGGAAGAUGGCGGUGAAGUACUGGAUAUGUUUUGCUGUCUUGCAAUGCAUUCUAUUCUUCUAUCUCUUUUCCCAAUUCGAAAUAUCAACACGUGGAACUGAAACAUCUCUCAAGAAACAAACACUCAAGGAAAAAGCACCAUCCAUCACAUUAUUUUCAGCAUGGAAUACGUUCCCAGAAAGAUAUGCAGUAUUUAACAACACAUUACGCAAUUGGCCUUCACUACAACCUCACGUGAAACUAUAUCUCUUCACCAACGAUUUCAUACCGGGUUUAAAAGAGUAUGAAAAGUUAGGAUGGACCGUACUGUCAGUACUGAGAGAAAUCGAAGGUCGUGCCGUUAUAAAAGAUUUGUUCCUAAGAGUCAUGCAACUGCAACCAGACUCAAAACUAUAUGCACUUGUUAACGGAGACCUUCUUUUAACUAAUUCUUUCCUGAAAAAUUUACAUGACCUUAUCAAAUCUCCUUUACUUGUCGAUAAAACGUUUUUCUUAACUGGAAGGAAAUUGAAGAUUCCAAAUGUAACACGAGAGGAAGCAAGUUCAUGGGAGAACAUUGAAAGAGCUGCAAAAAGGGGAGUUUUGGAUCAACCAUAUCUAGGAAUAGAUUAUUACAUAACUCCCCCAAGUUAUCAUUGGCGUCUUGUCCCAGAUUUGCAAUUUAUGCGUCCCCAUUACGAUACCUGGAUGAUUUGGGACGCUCGAAGAAUGGGCCUUGUCGUGAUCGAUGCCACUAACACUCUCUUAGCACCACAUCAAAACGCACCUUACCCUAAAGAUACUGGGGCGUUCGACAAUAACAUGAAGUAUAUAGUAGCUUCCCGUUCAGAACUCGGUCAAAAAGGAGCCAUCUGGUGCUGUGAGUUUGAAACGGCAUUGGUAAACGGCACAGUAACGGUCCAAAAACGGAAGCAUAUACCAAAACAAUGCAUAUGGUGAUUAUUACACCGGUGAAGAUGUUUGGAUCGUUUCCGUUGUAGAAAAUACUAUUCUACUAUUGCAAAACUAACGCGAUGAAACGUUUUUCGAGAAUCAGAUUAUCCAUAUAAUACGAAGACGUAAAUAUAUCUACUUGUGAAAACUGUCAGUGUGUCGACAUCAUUUAUGUCAAAAAGUGUCCUAAUAAAGUGGCAGUAAAACAAAAUGUGAAGAUGCAUUUAACAACUAAGCGUCAUACUAAAGUUUAAAAAAAUGAUAAAAUAUAAUCCCACUCAAAAUCAUUUUUUUGCUGAAGAAUAAUGUAAACUUUUUCCCAUAUUUGAUUCUUUAGACCUUAGUCAAAUAACUGGAUAACCAUCACAUUAUAUUUACCUGAAAACCUUUUUUUUUUUGAAACCAUAACUUUAACAGUCAAAACCCCACUUACUCGUACCCAGUGUAUUCGAAUUUCCCCUCUAUCGUUGAAACAGUUCGUUUCGUCCCGACAGAAUUCGCACAUAUUCUAUGUAAAAUAGCCCCGGAUCAGUCGAGCCGUUAUUCCUUAUAAAAUCCUUUAAUAUAAUCCGGUUUACCUUGAACAAUAAUAUAUCCCGAUUUUACAUAAUCAUAUCAUUGAUCCUAUCUAUCGUCGAUCACCUGUCACCUGUUCCGUCUGGCAUAUUUUUACCUGUGUUUCAUGCCGCACUUAGUCUACAGUCUACAGAUAUCGACAACACCACGUGUGUUGAGACGGGUGUCUGAUCAUUACAACAGGUAAUAACAUGAUAAGCGAUAGUAUUGUUACGUCCUGUUGCAACAGCAUGAAUAUAUUGAAUGUACACGUCUAUCAGUGUAAGCGUAAAUCUUUCACAUAAAUACUAGCCGUUGUCCUGACAAGAGUGAUUAUGUAUUUGUAUUAAACUAUGUUACGGAAUAGCGAUAUAAAGUGGUGAACUAAAAAUGGGUUCUCGACAUUUAUAUUUGUUCUAUGUGGUUAAUUGUAUUGCACAAUUAGCAACAUUCGAUAUUAUUUUGUAAUCGGUAACAAUAUCAAUAGUUAUACAAUACAAAUAUACCUACGAAUAUAUAACCAGAAGCUUACACUUGUAUAUAUGACGAACGUGAACGCUGUGCAGUAAGUAGAUGUCGGAUCCGGUUCCUUGCACUAUCCGUUCAUUGUAACUAAUGUGUAUAUAGUGUUGAGGUUUCAUAUCUUAUUAAAUGUUGUCAACCUGUA